AUGCUUUGCAUAUUUUCAUGGUAAAUACAUGAGCAUCUAUCACAACUCGCAUCCUAAGCAUAGCCUCGUCGCCUCAUCUGUCGAUCUCACGUCCUAGCGUUGCGCCUGAUCGACCAGAGCCCCGGCAUCUGAAGCCAAAAAGGUUACCCACACUCAAUGUUCCAUCUAGAUCGCUACCUACCGUAUCUGUUGCCCUGAAGAGAGAAAAGGAAAUUGAUAUUAUUGAUACACAUUAUGAUUUUGAGUGGAUCCAGAUUUAAGAGCGAGAGAGAGCUAACUGAACCUCUUUUGAUCAACUGCAUAUCAGAUUGCAUGACUGCACACUUACAUAUUAGCAGCGAAUGCCCUACCGGAAAAUAGAUUCCCUCCCCACACUUUCUAACAUCACCAUCUUGCUUCCUAUCCUCACUCGCCUGGUUGAAUCGACACUAUUGCAUAGAUUACUUGGACCCUCUUUCUCCACCAUAUCGUUCUUGUUCAUGCCAUUCGUCGCUCUAUAAUAACCAUUGAAGAGGUCUAUCAUCUCAUUGGCUUUAACGAGUAAUUGCGCUUGUUCUAGUUCCAAGUCUCCGCUUUCCAGCCAGCCACCGAGUACGUUAUUUUAGUUAAAUUCAGACCCAACAGACAUAACAGAACAAGUUUUUAUUCUUGAGAGUUCGAACCUUAGUUCGCUUUAGCCAAGCAGUAAUCAACUUUGCAGCCGUGUCUAUCUACUACGGCCAACGCACCGUACCUGACAGUAGUCUAACUUUGAAAAGUGGCUGGUGUGAGGCAAAUAUCUCGGAGCAUUCUAGGUCCAUUGAUUGGUUACCAGCAGUGGAAUAAUUCUCGACAUACUUAGAUCGGUUUAAGUAUAGUCAGAAUAAUCAGCAUCAAGCACGCGGACCUAAAAUUUGGAACUUCAUUAGGUCGCAAAGUCAUACCGAAGUGUCAAACAUGUCAGUAUAACCUUCUCUUCGUAUCUACCUAACCAUCAUCCGGCCAUCCGUCUAGGUCACACGCUUCGAUGGAAUGGCUGGGAAUCAAUGAAUGAAAUGUAUGAAUGAAUAAUGGAAUGAAUAAAUGAGUACAUACAUGGAGAGGCGUAUGGACACGGUUAGAUGAUCUAAAGCUUACUGUACACUAUCUGUAGUAUCCUCGCGCACCUUACUCGCUACUGCUAGUGCUAUUCGUACUUUGAUGGCAAGUUUCCAACACUUUUAAUUGAAAGAUCCGUGCCUUAACGAGGAUCUUCAAAGGAAAGGUGUCGACUUGAAGGAUAUCCAUCGUACUAUCAAAAGGUAGAUCCAACACGAGAAGUUCCCCAUGCAACUCUACAUCUUUCGAUUAGCCUCCUUCACCAUCUAAACGCCAUCUCACCACCAUCGUCUUCCAAACAAUACUGCACGUUCUUUGCAUUUUAAAUUAAACACAAAAUACGUCCAAGACUCGACGUUUGAGAAGUCAGAGCGUGCUCAGAUACCGGAGGAACUUUAAAGUUCCAUUAAGAUUUGAGGAAGGAACCUGGAACCCAACGGCGCCUUCUCAUCUUGACCAGCCACUGCAGCCGAACUAUCCCAAAAAGUAUGUCGCAUAUUGAUAUUUCUUUCAUCUCAUCUCCAUAACUCUAUCUCGACUUCACUAUUCGAAAAAUUUUAAACUCAAAGAAUCGGGAACUGACCCAAGUCAGGUGCAUGAUCAUUGAUCUCCGACAGUCAGCCAUCAAUUCAUGCACAACCAUUGGCAAGAAAUCAUCGACGCUUUCCUAUCUUACCUCGCAGUAGACCAAACUUAUUCACGGAUCGAACCGACCUUCAACGUCUUCUGAUAUUCCUCAGGGAAGAAGGUAAGAGACGAGACGACUUGAUUUAUUUCCAAUUUCCUGUAUUUGAUUCCUGCCCGUGGAUACAUUCAAAGUUCAUUCACAUGGUCUAAUCUUCAACAACUUUACACACUCUAGCCAUUAUCAGAUUUGAGUGUUUUGGAGUUUUUCUUGACUUGAUUAUAUUUGAAGAUACUAUCACAUUAGUAUCAUCAAUCGAUUCGCCUUUCCUUCUUCUAGAUCUUCUAGACACUCGGAAGAGAAUUGGCUUGUUGCACAUCUUAAUUUAUCCAUGAACCUGGUUCUCCUUCCUUACAACGUCAGAAUAAAGUCGAAAAGCCCCUCCGUAGUUACACCAGCCAUCCAGCCAGCCAGCCUGCGGUCAAAUUGCAGCGAGAUCAAAUUGAGAGGAACGUUCAACGUUGUCGCAGUGCGGCACACAUUAUCUCGAUACCCUAGUGAUAUUUGCCCUAUAAGCUAUAUUUCACAGGGGACUUGCUUGUAUUGAAGGUCAAGGAUAGUCCUAGGAGUUAGUGACGAGGUCUAAACCACAGGAGAAACUCGAUUGACACCUUAUUUCCGCUGCAUUUCUGUUCUCUUGAACGAAACUGUGCUAGCCAACCUAUCGUUGAUCAAUCUAGCACUCGUUCAAUUGCCGUCAAUUUCAUCUAAUUGUCGUCCAAGUGCUAGAGUCGAUCAACUCAGGGUCCUCAUCUUCCUAUAUUUUCUUUUCGCGUCCUUCUUUAUCCCGACGAAAAUACUCAGACCACGAUACAAUACUUUCUCGGGCGUUUUCUGAGCAGAAAUAAAUCUCAAAUUUUCUCUCUCAAAGCUGCUAUCUCCAAGACACCAAGGUAACUAAACCCUCCUCCCUCUUUGACUUCAUGGAUACCAUUGACAGGGGUAUAAAGGCUGCGAACUCUAGUAUCGAGGAAUAAGAUAGAUAGAACGCGCCGAAUUUGCAGCGAGAAGAACCUAUUGAGACCUCCACCCAGACCGAAUCAUCAAGCUGGCCCUCUUGCACUCAAAGCCGUAUUCCGUGUGGGUGGCGCAUCGAUUGGAUUAGUCGGCGGGAAGUAGUUUGUACACUUUUGAAUUGGAAAGGAGAGAAUGGACGACAAUAACCGUCGAAGAAGGCAGAAUGAGCCACCAUAUUCUGCUCAGGACCCCAGAUAUGCUUCAGAUCAGAGCCAAGGUCGUGGCAUUCCAUACUCCAUAUCGGAUAGACAUCGAUCUGGAGCGACGACGGGGUCUCCAUCAAUGAAUCGUGGAGUCGGGCCAGCUUCAGCAUAUACUACUUCUGGAUACUACGAGCCAACUUCGAAUUUUUCGACAGGUAUUUCGUCAAAUCCUUUGCAAUACUCAUCCAAUUAUCCUCCGGAUCAAAGACAACAAUCAAGUUUCUCAGAUUAUAACGCCGGAAUGAUGUACAACAGUGUCACACAACAAACUCCACAAAACGGCAUCUAUGACAGUCCGCAAUUUCAGGGGCGGCAACCUGCAGCAAUGCAAAUGAUGCCGGAUGUGGCUGCGCCCUACCUCUCAAAUGACCCGACCAAUACUCCAGGAACUCAGCAGUACGCUUCCUCAAACGCAUCUACACCUUAUCAACAUCACCAACAAAGCCCAGGAGAUCGCACCACAUUGAUCCAACAAUCAUAUUCGGCACCCGUAGGAUUAGGUGGAAUGAGUCAAGCACCUGGAACAGCCGACGUUAUGGACACCGGAAACCUGCAGCAACAAGGGGCAGGGGGCAUGGAAGAGGCCUAUUCGACUUACCAGACGGCGCUCAAGCAAAUCUUCAAGAACAUCAUCGAUCUUCGCCUUGCAGAAGCAAGUUCGUCUUUACUUGAAGUCUCGGAUUGGCUACUCGGACACGUAGUAGAGUUAGGUAGGUUAAGAUUUCCUCUGUUCAAUCUCACCCACUAAUAGUUUCUGAUGAAGGCCUCACUGUAGAUGAAGUUGCGCUUCAUGGCGAUCGACUUCGACUCUGGAACGAAUUUAAUGCGGCGUGGUUGAGCAUCUUUACUAAACAGCACGAUUUUCUCGAAUCAGGUCAGCGCACACAGCCACCGCAAACACUCAUGUCCUUGGAGUUUAUUGGUAAAAUGGGAACCAACUUGACACGAAUGUGCGAUUCUGUCGAGAAAUACGGUUUGGUGGAUUAUCAAUAUGGGGUUGGAGAAUCGCAAAUCAUGGAUAGUAAGUCCAGAAGAAUAGCAGAAAUCCUAAUGGUCGUUUGUUUAUCUAACUAUGAUUUAGUUCUCCUGAGCUGCAAACAACUCCAAGAAACCCUUGAAGGACCCGGAACCCCUGAUGAAGGCGCAUCCGCAAACUCCAACGUCGGUCGAGCGCCACCAUGAUAACAGUAUAUCUUUCUUUUACCACUUUUCGCUCCUGUUCUCCCUACUUGAAAAAGCUCUGUUUUGAUAUACCAGUGUAAAGCAUAAACUUACAUUUUUUUCUCCGCGGCGUUAUUCUCGUCCAAUUCUUCGUUUUGCUUUGUCAAUAUCGAGAUUUAACUUCUUCCUUUCCUGCUAAUCAGGACCACUUCAUGUGGUACUAAUACUUGGGUGGGAAAUUUGAUUUCAUCUUCUCGAUUUGACAUUUUGGUGUUGGUGGGUUCUCUGUAUGCAUAAGGUGAAGGGAUUGUCACUGGCGGACUAUUUGCGGGUGGGCGGCAUUCUGAUUUUUCGAUGAAGCUAUGUUUCUAUGUUUCUAUGCGCAAUGCUUCUUUUAUUACGAUGUUUGUAUGAUGAAAAGGAAAGGGGGAAAGGUUCUGGUUCGCAAAUGAUUUGGGAAAGCAUGGGGUAUAUGAAUGAAUGGAUGUUUUUAGCGUCUUGUUUUCUUUCAUUAUAAUAUUGUACGAAGUGGUUUACUAGAGCUGCCGUGCAAUGGGAGGGCUUCUAGGCUUGGGAGUAUGAUUAAUUAACCGGGCUACUAGGCUCGCAAGGAAAGGAAUGCAAUGGAAUGGCAGACCGGCUUCUAGGCCCACGGACCUGAACGAACUAAAAAGGGUGUAUGGGGGUUUUAUGGAGCGAAUGAAUAAUAUAUCUUUUAGGGUAUUAACGUCAUAUCUAUCAGGAUAUGACGGCAAUUAAUUGCAAUCGAAUUAGCAUGCGUAUGGAUACGCCGGAAGAGAUGAGUGC